AUGUCUGCAGAAGAUCAACAAAAUUUAGAUCCUUCCAAGGUAGUCUAUGAAACUUACAAGAGUGAAGAAUAAAUAGGAAUAAUGAUGAAGAUGAUAGAAAGCGAAUUAAGCGAACCAUAUUCAAUUUUCACAUAUAGAUACUUUUUAAAUGGAUGGAGAGAAUUAUCAUAUCUAGCAUUUUAUGAAGGUGAAAUGAUAGGCGUAGUUAUUGGAAAUUUAACAAAGCAUAAGUCUUAAAGACUUAGAGGUUAUGUUGGAAUGAUUGUCGUUAAAAAAUAAUUUAGAAGACUUAAAUUAGGCAGAAAAUUGGCUUAAAUAUUUAUCGAUAAAUGCAAAGAAUUAGGAGCUGAUGAAGUAUGCUUAGAAACAGAAUGCUGCAAUAUCGCUGCCCUUAAGUUAUAUUAGAGUCUUGGUUUUGCCAAAGUCAAAAAAUUGAUGAAUUACUAUUUAAAUGGUAAUGAUGCCUACAGACUUAAGUUAUGGUUCACUGAUAAAGUAGGAAGAGAAGAAAUAGAAUAUAGGUAACAGGAAGUAUUAAAAAAGCUUUAGUAGCAGUAAGAAAAAGAAAAUUAAGCUGAGAAAGAUUAAGAAAUAAACUAAGAAAAGAAAGAAUAGUGA